AUGUACUGGUGGUUAAAUCCAAUACCACCUUGUUGUGAUCCCUCUUUGCUGGAACCUGUUAAACUUCCAUUUGGAGAAGGUAGUGAGUUUAACGAUACUUUGUCUGGAUUAGAGAAAAGCAAGUUUGUUUUUGGAAGAAAAGCGGAUUGCUCAAUAAGACUUAAGGAUCAAUCUAUAAGUGGCCAUCAUUGCACGAUUCACGUGGAUAAUACACACAAAGGAUUGUUAAUUACUGACACGAGCACGAAUGGUACAUUUUUAAAUGGAAAAAGGUUGAGCAAAUCGGUUCCAAUACAAGUAACUGAUGGAGACAUAAUUUCACUAACUAGGCCAAAGAUGAUGGACGACAAUAUCGCAUUUCACGCAGUAUUUAAACUGGUAUUUUCGAGCAAGAAUCCCGGAAUAGCAGAGAAUGAGUCUUUAGUUGAUGCUACUGAUGUAAGGAUGACGGAAUCGCUUUUAGAUAGCAAAAUAAGUAAGGCAACAGAGGCGUCGUACAACGAUGUAUCUAUAGAGGAUUCAAAAAAUAAUGAUUGCAGUGAAAAACAACAGGAAGAAACCUUUUCUGGAAGAAAGGAAUCGAUCAGUAUUACUAAUAAUGAAAGAAAAUCUACGAGAUCUUCAAUGAGCCUUAGGAGCCAAGAAAGGAAGGGAAGAUUAAGCACAAAAGACGAGAGAAAAAGCGAAGAGCAUGUUAUUAGACGAAGUAGAGGCAGGCCAAGGACUUGUGAUCGCCCUGAAGUAGAUGAUGCCAUAAACUUUGAGGAAGAAAAUCAAAUGAAGGUUGAUGAGGAAUUGAUCGAAUCUGAGAAAAGCGUAGAAAAAGAAUUAGAUAGAGAUGAGAAUGAAAGACAAGAAGAAAAAGAGCAAGAGAAAGAAAACAUGACUGAAAAUGGAGAAAAUACAUUAAAAGAUGAGAGGAAAGGAGAUAAAGAGGAGGCAGUUAAAUACAUCACAGAGGUUGAAAAGUUAAAUGAAAAACACGAUUUAUCAGUUGAAAAUAUCUCUCAAUUAUUUGAUGUGGGGACUAGCGAUAUAAUUCAUCAACCUAAAGAAAAUAGAAAUUCAAUUGUUUCUCAAAGAAUAAGUUUAAACGAAAAUAGAGGGUUUGAAAAAAGUUACUCAAUUGAAGGAAACUCAUUAACUUUUCCAGUUCAGAGGCAACAAGUUGGGCUAUCAGGGAAAAGGUCUAGUGAGGAAUUAAUGGGAAAACUAGAAAACCUGGAGUUAUUGGUCAGUAGAAAAGAAAGCUUAGAGAGGACUUUGAGGAACGAACUAGAUGCAAGAGAAGAAGAGAUUUCUCGGUUAAGGGAGCUUUUAGACCGCUCAGAGAUCAACGAGCAGCAGACACGACAGCAUAAUAUGACUCUUAUGGAAGAGUUGCAAAAGGUACAGAAGCAAAACUUAGAUUUGGAGCAUGAGCUAAUGGACUUCCAAGAGAGGUGCAGAGUAUUAAGUGCAUCCGGAGAAGCAAUGGAUCAGACAAUUAGUCAAUUGAGUGAAGACUUGUCUGCAGUUCGCCAGGAACUUCUCUCGGUGAAUGAAAAAUACAAUCAACAAAGUUUAGCGUUGAAGUCCGUUACUCAAUUAACCCAAAGAAAAUGCUUAUCAAUAUUACAUUCCCUCAAAGACAUUCACCAGCUUAGCAGCACUUAUGCAUCUGCAGGGACUGGAGUUUCUUCUUUAGGAGGAUCAAUUAUGGGGAUUUCUGGUACUGGUUUUUCCUCUAGUAGUUCAAAUUUAACUCCUUGGAGAAAUGGGAAGCGAUCACUAAACACAAAUUAUGGCUAUAAUGGUGCUUUGGGAGUGCCCCAAACUGAACGUCCAUACAAAAUGAGAUCCUCUCCCAUUAACUCCUCACGAAGUAACGCGAUUGGAAUUGGAGAUACUACUCUCAGUAGAAGGCAAUCUUUCUCUGGAAACAACCACUCUACAUUUAGCGAUGAUUUAGAUGGUCUCAGAAACAGUGUUUUGGGAGGUUCAAAUUCUCAAUUUCUCCCAAAUAGUAGGUUUCUAUCGGGAUCAUUUCAAUUGGAAGAGCAACUAGUUUCGUCUCUAAAACCAAGUUCAUCAGAGAUGCAAAGUUUGGUGGUCAAUUUAAAUAAGGGUGCCAAUGAGCAGGCUCAAAUAGAUGAAGAACCGAAAAGCUCCAAGACUAUCAGCCAGAACGAUUCGGAGGAUAAAUCAAUCACGGUUUCCCAGUCAUUAAUUCUCAAUAAUACCCUUCUUGAAAAAAUUCCCACUGUUUCCAGGUCUAGAAAGAGCAGUAUUGCCCAAAGUUCUUUGACAAUGGAAUCAAUUCUGAACAAAGAAAACAGUGUUGGUAAUAUUUAG